AGGGGACCGCUCACAUUAGUUGAAUAAAGAGAAGGGGACCGCUCACAUUAGUUGAAUAAAGAGAAGGGGACCGCUCACAUUAGUUGAAUAAAGCUCCAUCUUUUUCUCCUCGGGAUCCACGAUGGAAUGCUCCUUGACGUACGUCCGGGUAUGACUGGUCCCCAAGAUCUACAAGAGAAGCAUUCAGGGGAACUCAGAUACUGGCCUGCAAAGAUGGAGCUCACCACACAUCUGAUAAAUGACACCAUUAAUUUAUAUAAAUGGGCCCUUACCAUCGCAGACAAGCGAGUGGAGAAAUGGCCCCUGAUGGACAACCCCCUCCCUACGCUGGCCAUCAGCUCCUCCUAUCUGCUGUUCCUGUGGCUGGGGCCCAAGUACAUGGAGAACAGAGAACCUUUCCAGCUCCAGAAGCCACUCCUCUUCUAUAACUUCAGCAUGGUCAUCUUCAACUUCUUCAUCUGCAAAGAGCUCUUCCUGGCGGCUCGGGCGGCUGGCUACAGCUACAUCUGCCAGUCUGUUGACUACUCUGACGACCCCAAUGAAGUCCGGAUAGCAGCAGCGUUGUGGUGGUAUUUCGUCUCUAAAGGAGUAGAGUACCUGUCUGAUGAUCCACUGGUGUUCUUCAUCCUGAGGAAGAAGUUUAACACAGGUCAGUCCUACGGUGUUCUUCACGUCUACCACCACUGCUCCAUGUUCACCCUCUGGUGGAUCGGCAUCAAGUGGGUCGCUGGCGGACAGUCAUUCUUUGGUGCACACAUGAACGCAGCCAUCCAUGUCCUGAUGUAUCUGUACUAUGGGCUGGCCUCCUUUGGACCCAAGAUCCAGAAGUACCUGUGGUGGAAGAAGUACCUGACUGUCAUCCAGAUGGUCCAGUUCCAUGUCACCAUCGGUCACACUGCUCUGUCCCUCUACAUGGACUGUGAGUUUCCCCACUGGAUGCACUAUGCCCUGAUCUGCUACGCCCUCACCUUCAUCGCCCUGUUCGGUAACUUCUACUACCAGACGUACCGCCGCACGCCGCGCCAACCCAGGGAGCCCAAGGCCGCCAAGGCUCUGUCUAACAACGGGGUCUCCAACGGGCUGUCCAAGGGACUGGGGAACGGAGCGGGGGUGGGGGUGGUGGUGGGGGGCAAGGUGGAGGUAAAGGAGAGGUCAUCGGGGGUGGACAACGGGAAUGGAAGGAGAAAGAGGAAGGGGAGGGCCAAGAGGGAUUAGACGGAGGGGUGUAGGGCUGAAGGAGGCUGGCACUAACAGGCCUUGCUGUUUGAUCUUAUUAGACCUCCCACAUAGCACCCUAUUCCCUAUACAGCACAUGACUUGUAGGUGAAGGUGUGGUAAGAGGCUGGAGUCAAUUCCAUUUCAAUUCAGUCAAUUUAUGAAGAAAACUGACAUACAAAAUUACAAUUUUCCUCAUUGGCUUUUAUUGGAAUUAGAAUUUCUGUUAACUUUCUGCGUUUGGCUGAAUUGAAAGGGAAAUAACCCUGGUAAGAGGUCGCGACGUCUCCAAGGUGACCGUCAUUACAACUAAUCCAACGUUCAGUAGUUUCUGGUCUGGAAAACAAUAAACAAUCAACAUGUUCUCUCUCUGUACUGCAGUGUUGAGUUUUGUAGCUAGCUAACCGACUGGUUUGUUGCUAGCUAAGUGACUGGUUUGUAGCUAGCUAGCUAACCGACUGGUUUGUAGCUAGCUAACCGACUGGUUUGUAGCUAGCUAGCUAACCGACUGGUGUAUAGCUAGCUAACCCACUGGUUUGUAGCUAGCUAACCCACUCGUUUGUAGCUAGCUGAUUCACUGCUGUGUAGCUAGCUAACCCACUGGUAACAGUUACACUGCUAUCUAGAGACAGGAACACACCACACACACGUAGUUUAAACAUUCAAUGUGUACGUAUGCCUUUUAAAGAAUAUGACUUACUCAUACUGUCAUUUUUGUCCUUUAUCCAGAUUUGUUGAUUCAUAUUAUGUGAGGUAGGCCAUUGAAUUCUUCAGCCCACUCACACUGUUGCCAUAAGCAGAGAGAGAGAGAGAGAGAGAUCGGUCAGUUUACAUGCCCCAUAAAUGUUGUAAUGGUUUAUUUUUAUCAAUAAGACAGACUCAGCCGUUGGCAAUCCUAGCCACAUAUUGAGAUUGCAUUAAAAACAAUUGGAGCUCUUGAAAUGCAAGCUAAGCUUUAUCCAAUUACAACUUGGCCAGUUAGACUUGUUUACUGUACAUGCUAAUAAAAAAACAUCACUCAUUAUUAUUAGAAGUGACAUUCGGUUAGAGACAGUGGGAUCUAGAAGAGACAGUGGAAUCUAGAAGUGACAGUGGAAUCUAGAAGUGACAUUCGGUUAGAGACAGUGGGAUCUAGAAGAGACAGUGGAAUCUAGAAGUGACAGUGGAAUCUAGAAGAGACAGUGGAAUCUAGAAGAGACAGUGGAAUCUAGAAGAGACAUUCGGUUAGAGGCAGUGGAAUCUAGAAGAGACAGUGGAAUCUAGAAGUGACAUUCGGUUAGAGACAGCGGAAUCUAGAAGAGACAUUCGGUUAGAGGCAGCGGAAUCUAGAAGCGACAUUCGGUUAGAGGCAGUGGAAUUUAGAAGUGACAUUCGGUUAGAGACAGUGGAAUCUAGAAGUGACAUUCGGUUAGAGGCAGUGGAAUCUAGAAGUGACAUUCGGUUAGAGGCAGUGGAAUCUAGCAGAGACAUUCGGUUAGAGACAGUGGAAUUUAGAAGUGACAUUCGGUUAGAGACAGUGGAAUCUAGAAGUGACAUUCGGUUAGAGGCAGUGGAAUCUAGAAGUGACAUUCGGUUAGAGGCAGUGGAAUCUAGAAGUGACAUUCGGUUAGAGACAGCGGAAUCUAGAAGCGACAUUCGGUUAGAGACAGUGGAAUCUAGAAGAGACAGUGGAAUCUAGAAGCGACAUUCGGUUAGAGACAGUGGAAUCUAGAAGAGACAGUGGAAUCUAGAAGAGACAGUGGAAUCUAGAUGAGACAGUGGAAUCUAGAAGAGACAGUGGAAUCUAGAAGAGACAUUCGGUUAGAGGCAGUGGAAUCUAGAAGCGACAUUCGGCUAGAGACAAUGGAAUCUAGAAGCAACAUUCGGUUAGAGACAGUGGAAUCUAGAAGAGACAUUCGGCUAGAAACAAUGGAAUCUAGAAGGAACAUUCAGUUAGAGGCAGUGGAAUCUAGAUGAGACAGUGGAAUCUAGAAGAGACAAUGGAAUCUAGAAGAGACAUUCGGUUAGAGACAGUGGAAUCUAGAAGAGACAUUCGGUUAGAGACAGUGGAAUCUAGAAAGACAUUCAGUUAGAGACAGUGGAAUCUAGAAGAGACAUUCGGUUAGAGACAGUGGAAUCUAGAAGAGACAUUCGGUUAGAGACAGUGGAAUCUAGAAGAGACAUUCGGUUAGAGACAGUGGAAUCUAGAAGAGACAUUCGGUUAGAGACAGUGGAAUCUAGAAGAGACAUUCGGUUAGAGACAGUGGAAUCUAGAAGAGACAUUCAGUUAGAGACAGUGGAAUCUAGAAGAGACAUUCGGUUAGAGUGGAAUUUUGUCCGAAAUGUUUCCUUGUUUUUUUAUUUCACUGUUCUGUCCUGGUUGCCUCCACAUACAAUAUCACUAGUUGUCUUACUCAGUGAACGUGGAGCUGUUGAGCAGAGCCAAGUAGACAUACAGUAACUGUGAAGACGCCGCUAAUGGAAUAUCAGGCAAAUCAAACAACUAGUCAACUGGGAGACGCUGUUUAAUCAACCAAUCAAAUCGAAUGAUCGAUUGCUGGAUUGAUUUGAUACGCUGUUUAGGCGAUAUCAGCUUGUCAAUGUGUUUAGUUAGUGUACUGUAUAUACUGCUACUGAAGGACCGUGUGCUCUACCUAACCGUGACACGUGUAGAGUACAACACCACACAGUCUACUCUAGAGCAGCAAAUUCAACCAUGGUAUCACGUCAUGUAAUAAGAUGUUAUAUCUUGUUUUUUUUAUUGAUUUUUAUUGUUCCUGUCUUAAAUAUAAAUAGUUGUUUUCUCUUCUUCUUCUGAAUGGCAAAGUGCUCGUCUGUGUUUUAGUGUUCAUGAAGACUUGUUUUAUUUGUAUUUUAUUGCGUGUUGUAUAUAUUAUACGCUGUGUGAUUUUGUACAUUUUGUGCUUUUUUUGGGGGGGGGGGCGGAAAAGUUCCCAACUGAAUGCCAUGAUGAGCAGAUAUUUCUCUUGCACGUUCUUUUCAAAAUGAUCAUGACUUGUUUCAAAACUCAUAGAUACAAAUAAACAGAAUGCCUGUACAUACAA